AUUCCCAAAGCAAAUGAUGUAAUGAGCAACUGAAUCAAUGUAUGAAGGUUUAGAGGCACAACCAUGUUCUAGAAGUAAUUCAUAUUUUAUUAACUGGUAUACUUUCUUAUUUCUUUGUAAGGUCCUGGACAUGAAGGCCUAUGAUGUUGGAGCAGAUUGGUGGUCGCUCGGGAUUGUCAUCUGUAAAAUGGCCAGCAAAACAGAUCCUUUCUCCGAUGGCUCCCACGGAGACAAUUAUGCAUCAUCUCUUUUUCAGGACGAGCCCAUUUUUCCAGAAGGGCUUAGCUCAGAUUUGGAAGAUCUUCUGCGAAAGCUCCUGGAGAAGGACCCUGAGAAACGACUAGGCUUCAUGGAGAACGUUCGGAAACACCCAGUUUUUAAUUCCAUCGACUGGGAACAGCUGGAACGCCUGAAAGUACCACCCCCCAUCCAGCCUGAAGAAUUGCCAACAAAGGAUUUCCGCAUCCAUUUCAAGAAGCCAUGGGUACCUUUGGAGCCUCAGGAGACCGAAAGUUAUUCAAGAAUGACUGUUGUCCAGGGCCCAGACAAUUUCAGGUUUUCAGGUGCUCUGGAGAAGAACGAAAAAGCCACAAAGGGAAAGGACAAAGAAGCCACAACAGGAAAGAAUGAAGAAGCCACAAUGGAAAAGAACGAUGAAGCCAUCACAGGAGAAGAACGAACCAAUGUUUUGUUUUAA